AAAUUAACCCCCCCCCCCUCUGGAAAAACGCAGCGGCAGCCGAGCACAACGCAAGCCUCCCUCCCCCGCUCCCCGUUGGAUCCUCCACCGCCUGCUCCUCCCCAAUCCGCCGCUCGUCCCCCGGUGCAGUGGGGCGGAGAUCUACCCUUAGGUUGGUUCCUCCUCUUGUUCUGGUGGUUCUUCUUCUUCUUCGGCGCUCGAGAUCGGCAGCAGGUGACGCCGAAGGACUUUGUGGCGCCGAAUUCUCCAGAAAUUUUAGGGGUUCAACUGAACUCCCAUGCCCGACGCCACUGGGCUUGGAAUGGGUCAUAAAGGCUCUAAGGGAACUCCAAUGCCAGGAAUGGAAGACUGCACGACAAAGGAUUUGGAGAAGGUUCCUGCCCCCUUGGAGGUGAUCAAGUCAUCCGUUGGCAGUGACGAGGAUCUUGGUGGAGGGCCCGCUCUGACUGGGAAGAAAAGGAAGGGUGGUGCGAAGGGUUCUGUGGUUGAGAAUGGGAGCAUGACAAAGAGAGUUUUGAGGUCCGACUCCAUGAAGCUGCGUGCGGAUGCUGAGACAGCGGGUGGAGUGGCCAUGGAGUUUAGCAAAAGUGACAGUUUGGAGAGGAAUCACUGUGAGGCUAUUGUGGAGGCUGAUGCAAGCGGGGUGCUGACAGUUAAUACUUACAAUGGCGAGGAAGACAGGGAACUGGGUAAUGUGAACGCGAGUGAAGUUUCUGAAGAGUCAGCUAGGUGUUCUGAGAAUAAUGUGGAAAUUUCUGGUGUUGCUGUGAUGGAAUCUUCUCAAGGGAAUGGCUUAGGCACUCAAGGCAGCAUUGCAGAAUUAGAUGAUAAGAGAGUCAGAUCAAAUGAAACAAUCUCCACUGAUGAGAAGAUCUCCGCUGUAACUCAUGACGAGCAGGAUGAGUCUAUGGCUGGAACAAGCAGUUUGAGUAUUGAUGAGUCCCAAGCUGACAAGGUGGGCCAUGGGCCUUGCCAGGGUGAGGUCACAGACCCAUCAGCCGUUGCAAAUGAUGACAAAACUAGUACGGGUUUGAGCAGAAUCAAUCCUACCAGUGGAUCAGAAUCUGUUGAACAGGAGGAUACUGUGUUUUGUACUGAGGGAGUGGUACUCCAUAGCAGUGAUCAGAAAGUUGGGAAGCAUUCUCACAAUGACGAUGUACGGAAAACUGAGGUUUCUUUGAUUGAGGAUGAAAGAUGCACAGUAGAUAACCGCACUGAUAUAACUGAGUGCACUAAGCAGGAGGGGAGGGGCAGCCUUGUGAAUGAAACCAAGGAUGUUUCACAACGUGACAUUGUCUUUACAAGGAGAAACUCGAUUACUAGACAAACAUGUGAGGCGAAGCAGGUGAAAUGUGAAGAGGAGAUGCGAUUUGAGAAGCGAGUUACAAGGUCAUCUACAGUUAGACAGAAAGAAGCUUCUGGAAGCUCAUGCAAAACUACCACAAAUGAGGCUAAGUUAGGAAGCAAAGGGAUGAAGGGAGAUGCCCUUGCUCACUAUACAAGGAAAGUGAGCAGUAUGGUAUCCCCAAAAGCUCAGCACACUGAGCUGGUAGAACUUAAUACCAGUGCGAAGAAGCAAACAGUAAAAGGAAAGGUUGUUGAUCAGAGGGACUCAGAUGUCACUGGGCAUGCUGAUCAUGCGAAUACCACAGAAAACGAGGAAUCGGAAAAUGAAAUAAAGAUCAAUUUAAAGUCGCAACAACUCAGAAGAAGUAUCAGCAUUGUUAAGAAAACAGCUGAAGUCGCUGCUCCUGCGGUGGAUCAGAACAUCUCUGGUUCAGCCAUCACUGAAAGAAAUGAUACAGAGCAUACGGAUUCUGAUGGAGUUAAAUCUGAAAACAAGACUCCUGUGCAGAAACCAGCAUUGUCAGUUGGUGCGAAGAUUGUUGCCAGUAAGAAGAGAAUAUUGGAAUCAGGGCUUGAUAAACUUGCUGGAAGGUCACCAGUUGCCAUGCCAUCCAAGAAAAAGCCAAGAGAUGCAUCUUCUGAUACCGAGAUAGAGCAACCAAAUAAGUCUUCUGGAGAGAAACUUGUUGGGAAGAACUGUGGUUCAGACAAUAAACGUGUUUUGAGGGAGCGGCAGCAUCGCAAACAAACAGCCAAUUCAAGCAGAUCUUCUAACCACUCUAAUCAAAAUGCAUCUAAGCUGACACACGCUGAAUCUGAUGAUGAUGAGACUGGCAGCGAUACUUCCUACAGGAGAACUCGUAGUGGACGUAGUCGUGGUGCUGACCCUCUGGUCCUGAAAAAACUAGAGGACUCUAGUGAUUCUCAAGAAGUCGUUAUAGUGAGGAAAAAUCAGCAAAAAGGGAAAGAUUCUGAGCAUAAACAAAUGGCCGGAUCUAAGUUGAAGCAUUCUUCUUGUCCUUCCAAAGCAGGUCGUUUGGGCAGACCUAUUCUGACUAAAUCUGAAUCUAGCUCCUUAUCUCUGCAAGCAGGAAACGGGAAAGUGAAGGCGCCUGAAGGUAAGGGAAAGGUAGACAGGGCUGUAAGCCCAAGUGAGCAGAUAAAUACAGGAAGCCUUCGCGAAGAAAAGAAAAAAAUAAGUGAACAGAUAAAGGCAAUACUUCUGGAUGCUGGUUGGACGAUUGAUUUAAGACCCAGGAAUGGCAGAGAUUACAAGGAUUCCGUGUAUAUACCUCCUAGUGGCAAAGGAUCUUACUGGUCAGUCACAAAAGCAUAUUAUGCGUUUCGUGAAGGUGUGGAAUCUGAAAAAAAGGACCGUUCUAAAAGUAGUGUAUCAAAAAAGUCUGCUGGUAGCAUUCGCGAAAGGCAUGCCUCUAGUUCUUCAGGGUGUUCUUUAACAGAGGAUAUCCUUAGCAAAUUAAAAAGAGUUGUUGUGCACAGGCGGACGACCAAAGUAGAGCUUCAGAAGUUGAGAAAGAAGAAACAUGGUUUGCUGAAUAAGUUUAAGAAAUCUAAGGGCAAGUCAAAGGAAAAGAAGAAUAAGAUUACAUAUUCAAGAAGGCUGCAUUUAGGCAAUGAAAGAAAAAAGCGAGGUGGCUGUGCUCUACUUGCUCGUGGAUCAAACAAGGAGUCUGGAAGCGGCACUGAUGGUUUUGUUCCAUAUGAAUGGAAACGCACAAUUUUCUCCUGGUUGAUUGAUCUAGAUGUUCUAUCAGUCAACACUAACCUUAAAUGUAUGGAUGAAAGCCGCUCAAAAGUUUUACUAGAGGGUAUAGUCACUAGGGAUGGGAUUAAUUGCAGCUGCUGUAACAAGGUCCUUUCAGUACUUGAAUUUGUGGCUCAUGGUGGUGGUGAAGUGAAGAAGCCAUACAGAAAUAUACUUGUAGAUGGGCUGGACAUUGACCUUUUACAUUGUCUCGUUAAUGCGUGGAAUAAGCAAUCUGAUUCUGAAAGGCAGGCUUUCUUUCCUAUUAGCAUCGAGGGUGAUGACCCGAAUGAUGACACAUGUGGUAUUUGCGGCGAUGGAGGCAAUUUGAUCUGCUGUGAUGGAUGCCCCUCGACAUUCCACAUGAGUUGUCUAGGACUGGAGGCGCUUCCCUCUGAUGACUGGUGUUGUGCAAACUGCUCAUGUAAAUUUUGUCAUGAACAUUCUAGUCAUGACGCUGAAGACAUUGCUGAUGUUGAUUCUUCAUUGCAUACUUGUUCCCAGUGCGAAGAGAAGUAUCACCAAGCCUGCUCUCCUGAGAUUGAUUCCAUAACCAGCGUUUCCGGUCAGUCAGGCAAUUUAUUCUGCCAACAAAGUUGCAGACUGCUGUUUGAGGAAUUGCAGAAUCUUCUUGCAGUUAAGAAGGAUCUUGAACCAGAAUUUUCAUGCAGAGUUGUUCAACACAUCCAUGAAGAUAUACCAAAAACAGUCCUUGCUUUGGAUGAAAGGGUUGAGUGUAACUCCAAGAUUGCUGUUGCGCUUUCCUUAAUGGAUGAGUGCUUUCUUCCAAUUGUUGACCAGAGAACUGGCAUCAACUUGAUUCGCAAUGUUGUGUAUGGCUGUGGAUCAAAUUUCGUUCGACUGGAUUUCCGUGGAUUCUAUAUAUUUAUUUUGGAACGGGGAGACGAAAUAAUAGCUGCAGCAUCUAUCAGAAUACAUGGAACCAAGUUAGCCGAGAUGCCAUUCAUUGGUACCCGGAAUAUGUAUAGGCGCCAAGGGAUGUGCCGUCGACUUCUAGAUGGAAUCGAAAUGAUCCUCAGCUCUCUCAAUGUUGAGAAGUUGAUCAUUCCUGCUAUCACAGAACUUGUGGACACCUGGACAUCUAAAUUUGGAUUUAGUCCACUUGAAGUUUCUCACAAGCAAGAAGUGAAGUCUAUUAGCAUGCUAGUUUUUCCAGGUACAGGUCUUCUUCAAAAGCCAUUGCUGAAGAAAGCUUUACCUGACGAACACCUAUGUUCCCAAGGAGCCAUUUAUACAGCUGGUGCUGUUUCCUCUGCAUACAAGACCGGGAAACCAUAUGAUGUGGCCAAUGAACAUACUCUUUGCUCUGUUGCAAAUGCUGACCCCCUAGGUUCGGAGGUCACAGAGUAUGUGAACAGCAGCAAAAAUGCUGACGGUACUUGCGACGACGAGUAACCUUUGGUUGCAAUUUUUUGGGCCAAUCAAAUGGUGUACCUGCUUACCAAGAGAGGGCCCCAAGCUUUAGACAUGAAGCCAUGAGUAAUCUGGGAAGAGGGUGCGUUUUUUGAAGAUACCUCGCAGCAGUAGCCCUGUUGUUUUGCCCAGAAAUUGAUGACUCAAUUGACUCAUCGGCCUGGACUUACAGAAUCAGCCUGUGCAGUACUGAGAAGCGUUGACCCCGAUCAUCUAACUUUGUGCGACUGCAAAGUCCACAUGUAGAACGCGGAUGAUAAUUCCGCUAUGUUUUGGUUUUAAUUUAAACUGUUAACUUAAACUCCAAGGGCCAAUGGAGCCACCAAAUCGUCGUAUUUGCUCUUAGUUGGCAUUUUAUUAAUAGUUUUAUGUUUGUGCAAGCUCAUUCCUGCAGUCAGAUCUCAUUUCUGUAAGAUAAUUCUCAUCUCUGUAAGACAAUUAAUGUAUGGGCAGGAAGAAAAUUGUCAA